AUUGUAAAUAUGUAGUUAAUAUUUAUUGUGCAAAAUGUGAAAUGUGACAUAUAGUUAUAGUAGCGUGUAUAACAUGUCCAAGCAGAGAGGAUUGACUCCCAGGGAUGCAACUCAAUAUUUUCCAACAAUAAAAAUAAGAAUGUUGUUGUUUUCUGCCAUUAUUACUGACUUUAAAUUCAAAUCAACAGCUGAAAAGAUUCAAACCAAUAUCUGAAUCAUUCUUAUGUAUUUUUGGAAUUUUUUGUUUGGAUUUGAGACCAAAACUCACGAUUCAAAUUCUGAAGGGAACAAUGGUGGCUGUUUGAAUUCAAAUUUUAUAAUCUCAAUUUAUGGCAGAAUAUCAAGUUGGAACCCUGGGAGUCUAUCCGCCUUGAUAUCCAAGCUUACAUGUAAAAUGAACUGUUCAGCAUUAGCAUUUAAUAUGCGGAUUCAUCUACUUGGCAGAGUGAAACUACAUGAUUUUUUGAUGUUUGAAAUGUCACAUUGGAGGCAAAACGUUGCAUCAUUGAUGCGCUCACUUAAAAAAAGUUCACAUAUCAAUGUCUCCAUGUCAAACAAAGUACUUGGUGUCUGAAAAUAGUGUACUGGUUGGAAG